AUGUUCUUCUUUCAACCGCUCCUUCUACUAUACCUUUUGCCUCUAGGGUCCCUCGCCCUCGCAAAAGAAUAUGAUAAAAUCUUCGACCUGACCCUCACAUGGGAGAAGCACGCCCCUGACGGCUUCGAGCGAGAUAUGAUUCUCAUCAACGGCCAGUUCCCGGGCCCAUUGUUAGAGAUGGAUGAGGGCGAUUAUGUUGAGGUCAAGGUUCACAACAAGAUGCCUUUUAACACUACCGUUCACUUCCACGGUAUUGAGAUGCUUCACACACCUUGGUCUGAUGGUGUUCCCGGCGUCACUCAGAUUCCCAUCAUACCCGGCUCGAACUUCUCGCACAGGUGGACCGCAUCUCAGCACGGGAGUUACUGGUACCACGCCCACGUAGGAGGCCAAAUUGACGACGGCCUCUACGGGCCCAUCAUCAUCCAUCCGCGUCAGGGCAGAGAGAAGCCUUUUGGCCUGAUCUCUCGGGACCCCGCCGCAGUUACGGCCAUGGAGUAUGCUGAGCGGAGAACCCAGCCAGUUGUGCUGUCUGACCAUCGACACGUGCCCUCAGUUGAAGUGUGGGAUAUCGCAACUAAGGCCAACAUGGAGUUGACGUGUUAUGACUCGAUACUCGUGAAUGGCAAAGGAAGCUCGCGCUGCCGGAGCCCUCAGGAGAUUGAGGAGCUAGUCACUCCCGAGCAGCGGGCCCUCAUAAGCAGUGGGAAUAUGACAAUGACAGACAAAGGAUGUAUCCCCCCCGAGUUCAUGUCUAGGGGCACCGGUCACCCCAACGUCAUCCCCCAUGGCAUUUAUCGUGGCUGUCAGAAUUCAGAUGGCGGCGAGACCGUCCUCACAUUCAAACAGAGCCGUUGCCAGGCACAGAGCUGGAUUGCUCUUGAAUUUGUCGGCACCUUUGGCCUCCUGAAUUCCAUGGUUUCCAUCGACGGACUGGCCAUGUGGGUGUAUGCCGUGGACGGUGACUACGUCGUGCCCCAAAAGGUCGAGGCCAUCCCCGUUAACAAUGGUGACCGCUUCUCGGUCCUCAUCAAUGCCAACAGGGCGGGAAACUAUACCCUGCGAGUUGCCUCCAACGCGGCUGUGCAGAUCCUCAGUGGCUACGCAACCCUCUCGAUACGCCAACACGGCGCUCGCAGCGGGAGGAGCAAUGAGACAUCUAUUCCGACACAGUACAUCCGCGAUAACGGCAUGCCGACUUCGCCAGAAGUGGCCGUCUUCAACGAGACUAUCGCCAAGCCGUACCCCGCUGAACCCAUCCCUGAAGAAGCCGACGUCCUCUACAAGCUGGAAAUGCACACAGAUGGGUCCUCGCUAUACUGGGCCGUCGACGAUGUGCCCCUUCACCCGGGAGAGUUCGAGCACCUCGAGCCCCCCAUCCUCCUCGACCAGGAAGCCGUCCACGCUCUCCGCAACACCACCAUCAUCACCAGAUCCGGUCAGUGGGUCGACCUCGUCUUCGUAUCCAAGGUUUUCCCCAUGCCCUCCCACCCGUUGCACAAGCACGGCAAUAAGAUGCGCCUCCUCGGUACCGGCACAGGCGAUUGGACAUGGCGCUCCGUCAAGGAGGCCGCUGCUGCCAUGCCCGGGGCGUUCAACCUCGUCAACCCGCCGAGAAAGGAUACCUUCUCGUCGCCGAGAGCAUCCACGGAGCCGGCGUGGAUGGCAGUCAGGUACUAUGUCGAGAAUCCCGGGCCAUGGCUGCUGCACUGCCACAUCCUAACGCACUCGGAGGGGGGCAUGUCGAUGUUGAUCAUGGAUGGGGUUGAUAACUGGCCCGAGGUUCCGGACUACUAUCUCCGUUAUAGUAAUGGGAUGGUUGACGGCAAUGACGAGUGCAUUGGAGAGGACUGA